AUGCUGAAGUGCAUGUCCAGACGCAGCCGCUCCCUGCUGUCCCUCUCUCUAACCUCUCUGGCCCUGACUCUCUCUGUGCUGGCCUUCUGCACCUCCUACUGGUGUGAGGGGACACACAAAGUAGUGAAACCACUCUGCCUGUCUGUUGUGAAAAUGAAGAACUGUGGCCAGAACAAUAGCUGGCCCUACACCACCGAGAGCCCAACUCUAAAGCCUGAGUCUAAUGUGACAGUUUCCCCAAAGCAGAAGAAGGAGCAAGUCCUAAUGAAGGCAAAGAAGCUGGCCAAUGUAGUCCAAUAUAUCUGGGAAACAGGAGAGGACAAAUACAUGCUGAGAUACUUUCACACGGGUUUCUGGCUAUCUUGUGAAAAACACCAUAGCGGUGAAGGAGAGAAAUGUCGAAGUUUCAUUGAGUUGACUCCUGGAGAAGCCCAAGGGGUUCUUUGGCUCGCCUUGUUCUCAGAGUUCAUGUAUAUCACUCUGCUGGCUAUGGGAUUCCUUAUGAUGUGGAUGGAGUUGCUGUUGCUUUGCUUAAAUAAGGAGAUGUAUGCACUCAAGGUCAAUGCCUUUGCUGCCAUUUGCACCGUUCUCUCAGGAAUGAUGGGGAUGGUAGCACAUAUGAUGUACACUACAGUAUUUCAGUUGACUGUGAGCAUUGGCCCUAAAGACUGGAGACCACAGACCUGGGACUACGGCUGGUCAUUUGUUCUGGCUUGGAUUUCUUUCACCUGUUGCAUGGCUGCUGCUGUCUUCACCCUCAACUCCUACACCAAGAGGGUGAUCGAGAUGAAGCAUCGUGCUCGUAUUCGCUUGGAAGAGGCUGCCAGCCAUGCCCCCCCUUAUGACGAUAUAAUCAUGGCUGAUGCUAGUGGCAGCAUCUACUCCAUCAACCUUCCUCUUCAGCACUGCCAGCAAGGGAAGUUGACUGACACCACAUGGCCCUCUAGGAAGGAGUGUCUGCCUGGGCUGAUGAUGGAAGGAAUGAACCCUGAGGGACUAGUGCUGGUAGGAAGGUGCAGGACACAGGGGUGUGAAGACUGUGAGAGAGAGAUAGACAAGAUGAACAUAGUGGAAAUAUUGGAAAAAGAAGGUGAUGAAGAGGAUGAUGGCAUAUGCUGA